GGCUCUGGCCCGCGGCGCCUGGAGAGACAACACUGGGGCAGGUGGAGGCCUGUGGAGGCCAGGCGGCCCGCAGGACUCUGCUUAAAAGAUGGCCUAUUAUGGAAAAUGUAUUGAGAUUGUAAUAGAGCAACUUGACAAAUUUAAGCCCGAGAAGGACAAUCCUGAGCAGUUCCUGGAGACGGCAUCUACCUCCUUACAGCAGGCUCUGAGCCCCCAGAAGCUUGCCUUUGUUUUGGAGGUUCUGUCCGGCUGCCUUGAAUACCAGAAGUUACUGACCAUCGUGGUGGACGCCUUCUAUGUACGGGAUGGUCGGCUCUGCCUGUGGGCUGACUACAGCCUCUUUGAGGUGAUCUGCUACCUGGCCAUGUUCCAGCUGGAUGAGCUCGGCUUCCAGCUCUUCUGCAACAUCAUCAAGUCCCAGCCUGUGGACAAGACUUGCAAGUUCCUCAGGUUCUUCUUUAACCCCUUGAACCUGUGCUCAUGGAUCAAGGAUGAGUGGAGCCUCAUCUACGAAACGACCCACGUGAAGGAGAACUGGAUAGACCCUCUGAUGAGAUGGCAGCCAGAGGUCCAGGAGCUAAUCAACCAGCUGGAGGGGGUGCCAACCGAUCAAACUCUUCCUUUGAAGACCAAGGCCAAGGUCACGGAGCCCAGGGAAUUCAACCUGACUGUCCCGAAGCCCCGAGCCAUUACAAUGCCUGAGCCUGUACCAACUGUGGCCAAGACAAAACCUGUCCCUCCGAGCACCUACCAGGAGCCCGUGGAGCAGCAGCUUCUGCAAAUGAUCAAAAGAUACAACCGCCGGAAGGCUGAGGAGCUGCUACUGAAAGCAAACAUGGAAGAGCUACAGUGUGCUAUGCCCCGGCUGCACAGGGAUCCACAAACACAGGACUUCGAGAAGCAGGAGUGGCAUCAAUCUGCACCCCAAAUACGCAGGACUCCAAAUCUGACCUUCUACAAGCCUAACACCUUUCCGGUCAAACUGAACACAGCUACCAUCCUUCGAGAAGGGGCCUUAUACCAGCGGCAGGUGGAGAAGGAGCUGCAGAGAGUUGACAAGCUUGUGGAUGGGGCUGGAGACUUCUCUGAGUUCCUCGAGUGGCAGAAGAAGAUGCAGGCAAAGGACCUGGAGGAGCAGCUAGCUGCAUGCGAGUGCCGUCGGCUGCAGGGAAAGCUGAGCCAUGAGGAGGCCAUCUUGGCCCGGCAGAACCUCAGACAGGAAAACAAGCAGAAGGCUGACCAGAAGAAGGAGGAGACAGCUGAGCUAAUGCUGCAGUGUGCUGAGAGACGCCUCCAAGAGGAGAAGGCCAGGAAAGAGCUGGUGGGGCAGAUCACUGAAGCCCAGAAGAAUGUCAAGGUGGCCCAGAUGAAGCUUGUGAAGGGCCGGCAGCAGAUAGUUCAGGAGAUGACAGCAGAGAGCCGGGAGCUGCUGCAGCGUAGCUUGGAGGCAGCCAAAGAGGAGCAGAGGCGGCGCUGUGAGCUCACCGCCCAGCUGCGAGCACUGGAGACACAGCCCACACGCAAGGGCAAGCUGGUGGACCUGACCCAGAUCCCAGGAUAUGGUCUGGAAGGCGAGAUGUCUGUUGCGGAACUUCGAGAAAGGCUGGCCCUGCUCAAAGAGACCCAGAAACGAGAGCAGGAGGAAAAACGGGAUCAGAUCAUUCAGGGCAAGCGAGCCAAAAGCCAAAAGCUACAGAACACAAUGGAGCAAAUCUCACUGUGCCGCACAGCCAUGGGCAGAACCGCAGCCUUGAGGUGGGAGAAAAAGAAGGCCCAGGCUGGAAGUCUGGGGACACCCUCCCAGGACGAGCGUGUGUUGGAGCUGCAGCGCAGAAUGGAGGAGAGGGUAGCUGAGCGCCGUAAGCAGACAGCGAAGCUGCAGGUGUCGCCGCCCCGGACCGUGCGCCCCCAGCUGCGGGCUCAGGCGGAGGCACAGCACUGGCUGGAGCUGGACCAGAGUCGCGAACGCAGGCUGCGAGCGAUGCAAGAGGCUGACCGCCCCUGCAAGCCUGCCCAUCACCUGGGGGCCGCCUGAUCAGCCCGGCGGGCGGCCAUGUGCAAACCCCGCGCCUGGCCGCCGACCUGUGCCCCCCGCUCCUGCCGCUCCAAGAGCAGCUCUUUUUCUGCACUCCAGCCACCAAGCCCAGCCUCUCCCCAGCUCCAGCCUGCUCCUGUAUGGUUGCCCAAGAAAAGACAGUGCAGUGGCAGGAGAAACGCUAAACAGCUACUCUUGCUCUGGACUGCAACUGGCUACCUACGUUUUUAUGUGCUAAACCUAGCCCUUCACUAUGCCCGGCAAGGCUUUUCGUAUAGCUGGAAAGCCCCACUCUCCACUCGGAACCAGUAGAUAUUUGCCUGAGAACCCCAUAGCAGCAUGAGCUUGCAAGUGAGGCCCGAUUCUUGAACACCUCCUAUAGACUGGUCCUUCUUAUGCCUCAUGUGGCUCAUCUGAGCGAGCGAUCGCUGCACGCGGCAACUAUCACCCAGUCCUGUUCUGCUAAUGAGGCCACCUGUGUCAAAGAGGUGACCCUGGCCUGAAAGCCAGGGCUCAGAGCUAACUGCAGGUGCCUUUCAGGGCCCUCUUUCCAGCAUCAUCAAGAAGAGCCUGAAUCCAACAAGAUCGGAGCCCUUGGGGACAUCCCCUCAACAGGGCAAGUAGCAGGCAGAUCAGAGGUGUUCUCAGUUUCUGUCCUUCAUGCUGCUCUGUACUGGGGAAAGCUGGACUUUAAUACUAGGUGUGUGAAUGAAUGCCUGCGGGUGAAACUUAGCCUGAAGAAUAAAGAUGUAUUGUGAUGUUUAGUUCACAGGAAGAAGAUGGUGGCAAGUCACAGGGAGGGAACUGCUAGAUGGGUAGAUGUUCAAGGGAGAGAUACCACCCACCCCCUGGCCAUCCUCCUUAGGCCUGCAGAGAAGAUGGGCACCUCUGGUGGUGAGGCUAUACCCCAGGGUGCUUUCAGACCAAGAAAGUCUCUUAGCAUUGACCCGAGUCCUAUGUCAGAAGUGAAAACUAACAGAAUUCCAAGGCUCUUUACAAUCCCAGGUUGGGAAUGCAGGGAGAAAGGAAUCCCCAUCUCCCUGUUGAAUUAGAAUUGGGGGCAGAUUCAAUUUUACUUAAAUAAAAAUCACGUUUCUUACA